AUGGAGUUCAACGACAAAUCUAGUUCUAACUUUGAGGAUUUCCAAAGCAACAUGUCGGCUACUUCUGGGUUCUAUGCCUUCGUUGAUCCAGCCGAUGAGUCAAAUGAUUUGGAGUUAUUUUUGGACCAACCAAGAUCCAUGCAUCAUUAUCCUCCUGUAUCAAAUACUUUUAAUGAUAGUGACCAUAUUACAUCGAGCACCUCCUGUUCGAGUGCAACAGAUGGUCCUCAGUUCUGCGACCUCAGUAGCAAUGCGGCACCAGAUUGGUAUGGAACCAGUGUGGCAGACUCUUCUAAUAACAGUUGGACCAACUCAGAUAUAACCAUCAACUACUUAAACAAGCUGUUGAUGGACGAGGACGAUGACGACAAGGUAAAAUUACAUCAUGGAGAGUACGCCCUUAGAGCUAUGGAAGAGCCUUUCUAUAGAAUUCUAGGACACAAUAAUCCAGCUUAUCCUGAGUCAGCAUCACUUUGUAGCUGUGGUCAUCUGAAUAGCCUUGAUGACAGCAUCAACAAGUCUUCCGGGCUCCCGUGCAGUAGCUGCUCUGUUGCUAUUGACUCAAGUAAUAAUCAUUCUAAUCACAACCUGCAAGCUUUUGAUGCUCCAUGGAGUUUGUCUGACAUAGUCAAACCGACAAAACUUUCCAAUGAAGGUACACGAAACAUGGAGCUUGGUGUGAAAAUUGAUGGCCUCUCAAUUGCUGAAAAGCGUAGCCGAGAUAAUCAAUCACUUCAGAAGAUUCUUAUUUGGUAG